UCCAGGUCACUCGGGACGAGAGAGAGAUCACCGUCCUGCCGCGGAGGAAGACGGACGAACUGGACACCGCCAGGAUGUCUGACUCGUCCUCCUGCUGUGAGUCUUGCAUCCGUCUGAAGGACCGAUGUCCUCGCCCUCGUGGACUCCUCAGCCUGAUUGUCACCAAAGUGUGUCUGUUUGCCCUGCUGUUCGGAGUCGUCUGGUCUGUAACAGGAAGUGAGUGUUUACCUGGAGGAAACCUGUUUGGCAUCGUGGUCCUCUUCAUCUGCUCCGUGCUGGGGGGGAAGCUGGUGGGAAUGAUCCAGCUGCCCACCCUGCCCCCCUUCCCUCCGCUACUUGGCAUGCUGCUGGCCGGGCUGCUGCUGCGUAACGUUCCCUACGUCACGGACGCCGUCUUCAUCCACACGCACUGGUCUUCAGCUCUGAGGAACAUCGCGCUGUCAAUCAUCCUGACCAGAGCUGGGCUGGGCCUCGACCCGUCGGCGCUGAGUCGCCUGAAGGCGGUGUGUCUGCGUCUUGCUAUCGGCCCGUGCGUGAUGGAGGCCUGCGUCGUCGCCCUGGUUUCUCACUUCCUGUUGGGUCUGCCGUGGGUGUGGGGCUUCAUCCUGGGCUUCGUCCUUGCUGCUGUGUCUCCGGCGGUCGUGGUCCCCUCAAUGUUGCUCCUGCAGAGAGAAGGACUCGGAGUGGAGAAGGGGAUCCCCACCCUCCUUAUGGCUGCCGGGAGCUUUGAUGACAUUCUGGCCAUAACAGGGUUCUCUACCUGCCUGGGAAUCGCCUUCUCCACAGGCUCAACGUGGAUGAACAUACUGAAGGGCCUUCUGGAGGUGGUGGGAGGGGUCAUCGCCGGGAUGAUUCUGGGUCUUUUCCUGUGCUGUUUCCCCAGUAAAGACCAGGAGGAUCUGGUGGUCAGAAGGACUCUCAUGUUGUUGGGUCUGUCCAUAUUUUCGGUCUUCUUCAGUCAUGUCAUUGGCUUUGCCGGAGCUGGUGGUCUCUGCACACUGGUUCUGGCCUUCCUGGCUGCGUUGGGAUGGAAGACCGACAAGGCGCCGGUGGCAGCCAUGGUGGGGACGUCUUGGGAUGUGUUCCAGCCGCUCCUCUUCGGAUUGAUUGGCGCGGAGAUCACCAUAUCGACCCUUAGCCCCAGCACCGUGGGUCUUGGUUUGGCCUGCAUCAGUAUUGGUCUGGUGGUCCGCCUGCUCGUCACCUUCUUGCUGGUUCAUUACGGAGGAUUUAACCUGAAGGAGAAACUCUUCAUCUCUGUCGCAUGGCUGCCCAAAGCCACCGUACAGGCUGCCAUUGGCUCCAAGGCCUUGGACUUGGCGAGAGAGGAGGGGGAUGAAACCUUGAUUAAAUUUGGUUUGGAGGUGCUAACGUUAGCCGUAUUAGCCAUCCUGACCACGGCUCCCAUCGGGGCGCUGGGUAUCGGACUGGCAGGGCCGCGCCUCCUGGCCCGGCAGGUCAAAGCAGAUGACACAGAAGGCGGAGCUAUGACUCCAAGCAGCUAUGGGAUUGGUCAAGAAAAGGACUGCGUGACCCUUGAGAGCAAGCUAUAAGGCCUCUGAUUGGACGAACAAAAAAGGCUGUCUAUAUCAAUAAGUUAAAACCAGUGCACACGGAUAUGUUUUACUUUCUUUUGAUGUGCUGAUGCUUGUAUUAGUUACCAUCUCUGCUUAAAUGUUCAGCUAGUUAUGUGUUACAUGAAACUCAUUUGUUUGACACACAAGAAGUUAUUUUUCUAAAUCAUAAAAAUAUCGUUGUUAAAAUACGGACAUAUGAAGUGAUUCAUAACAUCAACAGACCAACCGUCCAACAACAGCGUGGCAUUAUUUAAAAUGAUUAGUAGAAGAAGAAAGCUACCACACAUUAAGGGACAGAGUGUAUAUAUUAAAGCAAUAAGGUUCGAGAGGCUGUGGUUUUUAACAUUGACUAAACAUACAGCCUCAAGUACCUUAUUGCUUUUAUAAUACGGUUAUCAGUGACCGUCCUGUGGCUGGAGACCAGUCCAGUGGACCCUGUCUCACCUGGACAGAUCAGUCUGUCCUGUGGCUGGAGACCAGUCCAGUGGACCCUGUCUCACCUGGACAGAUCAGUCUGUCCUGUGGCUGGAGACCAGUCCAAUGGACCCUGUCUCACCUGGACAGAUCAGUCUGUCCUGUGGCUGGAGACCAGUCCAGUGGACCCUGUCUUACCUGGACAGGUCAGUCUGUCCUGUGGCUGGAGACCAGUCCAGUGGACCCUGUCUCACCUGGACAGAUCAGUCUGUCCUGUGGCUGGAGACCAGUCCAAUGGACCCUGUCUCACCUGGACAGAUCAGUCUGUCCUGUGGCUGGAGACCAGUCCAAUGGACCCUGUCUCACCUGGACAGAUCAGUCUGUCCUGUGGCUGGAGACCAGUCCAAUGGACCCCGUCUCACCUGUCCAGUCAAGUGUGGACCAACUGGGACGGACUCCAGCCCUUAUGGGACCGCUCGUUUUCAAAAUAAAAGCCUGUUAGUUCUCAGAAAUCAAACAUCUGGAGUUGUAACUGAACUUUGAAUCAGUUUUCUGUGUUUCCUGUGUUUCUUUUACUACUUUGGUAAACAGUUGUUAUAUUUCUUUGGUGUUUAUUAAAAUGUGUCUCUUGUAUUUGUUAAUUGCUGCGAUUGUUGCCUUGACGACAGACUUCCUCUGUAUUCCUCUAUGUCAGUGGUUCUCAAACUGUGGGGCACGACCCUCUGGUGGGGGGCGGAGGAAUUACAGGUGGUGCGUGAGGGGCUA